AUGGAAUUUCCCAUUCCAAAGUUCGCUAGGAAGCGUGAGAUCCGCACACGAGCCCCAACAGCCUGUCAGACCUGUCGGCUGCGCAAGACUCGAUGCGACAAUGUUAGGCCAACAUGCAGCUACUGCGCUGCACAGGGAGUCGAGUGCAACUACCCCGAGACCUCACCACAGCAGAACCAAACGGGCUUUGAAUCUGGAAGUCCAUCGAAUCAGGAGGUCCUCUCGCGUCUGAAUCAUAUCGCCGGUCUGCUGGAGGAUAUCAAGUCGGAGGGCUCGACCAUAUCCUCGAGCCGUUCAUUGAAGGAAUCCUUUUUUGAGCUUGCUAUGCAGAACACUAGUCCCCUGACAGAGUCAUUGUCGGGGAGCGUUCCGCAUAGCAGUACCACAGCUCCAAGUAUUGAAGACCGGGGACCGGAUCAUGACCCCCGAAUUCUCUACAUGGCGAGUUCUGGGGAGAAUAUGCUCCGCUGGCCCGUCUAUAACAAGAUCAUAACUGAAGCGGAGAAGCAUAUUCGCUCAUUUCUACUUGACUCGCUGGAUAGUCAACCACCAAAUAGUCCUCCUCCCCGACAAGUGGGGAUCGGCCAUUUUGUCGAUGAGAUCCCUAGACUCUGCAAAAAAUACUUUAUGAUCUGUCACCGAAGAAACCCCAUAGUUGAUCUUGCUAUGCUCGAGCGGUAUGCCAAGGAAGUCACAGUCCAGGGUCUUGGAUGGGAUGGUCCAUCCUGCCAGGUGCUCUUAGCGUGCGCGCUAGCUUCAUCUACAUCCUCUAAGUUUGUGCCAUUGGCCGACGAGGAUAUCACUAUUGACUUUGAUCGGCUCCCGCCGCCACCCAUGUCAGACGCCAAUAUGGAUUUGGCUGAAACCUAUUUCCACGCCGCGAAGCAGCGAUUCGGGUUCUUGUACACCUCCACGACUGACAUUCAGUGCUUCCUACUUGCUGGUAGCUACCACAGACAUGCCAUGCGCCCUCUGCAGGCCUGGUUCUGUUUCCAGCAAGCGUCCUGCCGGCUAGAAGUUCGAUUGCGGUCGUUGUGUAGAGAACAGUGGACUGCCGAUGACAAUUAUCAUAACUUGGAGUCUCGUCUAUAUUGGUCCUGUAUUCAAGCUGAGCAUGAAAUGCAAAGUGAGCUACCUCUCUGGAGCAGUGGGCUUGAGAGCUUAGGCUAUUCGGACCCAUUCCCCAAGUUCUCCCGCAAAACACCUCCUUCCUUUGACCAGAUGCAUGAUGAUUUUCAGGACUUUGCAGUCCAGCCAGGGUUUGAACUAAGCGGCACCGAAGAGGAAAAGGGGUGGAAGUUCUACAUAGGAUCUAUCUGUAACCGCCGAACCACCAACGACCUGCUAGCCGAUAUGUGGCGGCAGGGAGAAAAGGGCUGGACUAAAGAUAUCCCCGAUCUCCUGAAAAGGUCGGCUGCCGCAGAGAAUGUCGUAACUUCAUGGUAUCAAAUUUCCAUCGCAGGGAUCCAAUCCCCGAAAGACAACCCAGAUCUGAUGUUCUUCUUCCGCGGCCGGUACCAUAUGGCUCUAGAACGGAUCUACAGACCAGCCUUCUUCCUAGCAAUCCACUUCCAGACCAUGCCAACUUUCAUAAAAAGAGAUAACCAACUAUGGCUGCAAGUGUUUGAUCUAGCCCAAAAGGCAGUCGACAACUGUGUCCAGCUGAUUCCAAAUUACUAUUAUCAAUUCCGUCAUGAGUGGAUCUGGAACGUAAUCCGCGCCAGCUUCGCGUGCGCUCUGCACAUCCUGGGCGUCGUACUUUACCAGCUCGAGGCGUCGCGGACACCGGGGACUUGGCAGCUACGCGUGCCGCCCAAUUGGGCUGGUCUUGUUCGGGUCUCGCUGCGUACGUUGAAGCAUUGGGCUGCUGAGUCGAUUGAUAUUGAGAUUAUGCGAUCGACUUUGGAGAGGAUGUAUCAGGGCACUUGUCGGUUGGCUAAUGUUCGCCCUGAUCUUCACCUGCUUUAA